AUGGCUCUUGACACGAGAAUGUUGCUACUGCAACGCCCAAGCUGCGUCACACUAAGCUCUGCUCUUUAGGCAACCACUCGCUGUCGCGACUUCCUAGCUGUUCAACACAUGGAGCCCUGAGAUUCAUGACUUACUUCUUGAACCAACAUCAGCAUGUCAGUCCCUAUCACUGUCCGCGGACGCUAUCUCUGGCGAGGGGACGAAAGGUUCUUCGUUCGAGGAGUUGUGUACCAGGACCGUAAUGUGCAAGACCCAAUCUCGGAUGCAUGUCUACCACGACUGAAGCAUGACCUCACUUUGUUCAAAGAGUUAGGACUUAACACGUUGUUUGUUUACACGAUUGAUAACUCUAAGAGACAUAAAUCUGCCAUGAAACUGCUUCAGGAUGCUGGUAUCUACGUCUUCACCGCUGUCUCCACUCAAAUCAACGUCAUCAACCGCUCUGAUCCGUACGGCUCUUAUAAUCGCACAGCGGUGAUAGAGUUCUUCCAGACUGUGGACACCAUGGCACAAUAUCCGAAUACGUUAGGUCUUCUCGCAGGCGUAGCUGUGAUGAACAGCCCAAUCUCAGAGCAUGCUAGCCCUAUUAUCAAAGCUGUGGUGAGAGAUCUCAAGAAGUACAUGGAACUGCAGAACGUAGCUCGCGGUCAGCGAAUACUUCCUAUCGGCUACGCAGCUGGUUCGCCCGAGCAACUACGUACGACGAAUCUGGACUUCCUAUCUCUUGGAGACCCCGCAAGCACGAUUGACUUUUGGACCUGCAACUGUUAUGCGUGGGCAGGAAAUUCGAACCUGCAGAUGUCCGGCUACGAAGCGUUGAUCAGUCGCUUUCGAAAUGCAGCCAUACCCAUCUUCAUGUCCGAGUACGGAACAAACUCAAUACAACCACGACUAUUCCAAGAAACGACUGCCUUGUACUCACCGCAGAUGAGUCAGGUUUUCUCUGGAGGCUGCGCAUACGAACUUUGGCAAGGUAAGAACGAUCACGGCCUAGUAGAGCUCGUGGAUCAAAAGCAACCCCGUGGCAAUCAGCAACAAGCCCUCGCUCGAUCAAACAAGCCAGAGAAGACAGCUAAGAGGCGUAGGACGGAAAUUGGACGUGUGUCAAUUUUUCAUGAUUUUGUGAACUACAAGAAGAACCUGGAGGGGACAAGAGGCAUUGAGAACAACUGGGACGGGGAUGUCAUGGAACGCGAGGCGGCUGAUAGAGGAAAUGUGAACACGACUCAGAUGAGCUGGCCUUGGGAGCCGCAGUUCCAGAUUCCGGAUACAGUGGUGGAUUGGUCGCAAUUAGAGGGUUAAGCCAAUACUGCACCCAGGAACGUCUGAGUUGCCUCUUGGUAGUUUUGGAGGAUUGAGUUGUUCUUUAACAUAGCUGAUAGGCUUUCAAAUCAUAACUGAAUACCUCCACUUCAACGCAACUGCGCUAACAAGAGAGCUGCCGGUUGACAUUAUUGGUCUUGUGUUUCUUACAUUAGAGUUAAAUCGGAGACAGCUCGGUCGUGCCCAAGUGCGGUAGAUAGGUGAUGUUGCAUGUUA